CCAUUCAUAUGCAAAUGCAACAGCUAUAUUUGUUAUAGGAUAGGUCAUCGGUCGGUCAAAACAUUGUAAUUGUAAUUGUGUAUUGUAUUGUAUUGUAUGCACCAUAGUUGAAAUUGCUGUGUCGAACGCAUUAUCGCGCUGAUCGAAAAAGAUACGAACCGAUGCGAUAUUUGAACAAUUUUUAUCGAAUGAAAGUGUUAUAAGUUCGACCAUAAAACUACAUAACACUGACAUGUUGCAAUUAAUAAAUCUUCCCGAUAUUGUUUUGGAGACAAUUCUGUCUAACCUUACGUACGACGAAAUUUCUCGAUACAGAAUUGUUUGCAAACAAUUUGAUCGAAUAUGUAAAAAGUUGUUGAAUCGAGGUUUCAAUUUGAUGGAAAAAUAUCAUGCUCAAUGUUUGCGUGCAGUAAAAAGUCAGCUGCCACGAAGAGAAUCGGAGAGAAGGAGUCACCCUUUGGCCCGUCAUUGUGAUAUAUUAACAGCAAUCGAAACAAGGAUAUCCAUGUUAUCCAUGACUUUUAUAAAAUAUGUAGACCUGAAUCUGUGUUGCUUUAUCCCUGGAAAGGUGAUUGAUGAAAUUUUUCGAGUUCUCCGUUUGAUUCGUGACUCUAAAACUCCACCUAGAGCUCAUGAAAUACUUCAGGAAUUAAGAGAUAUUAGUAGUAUGGCUAUGGAACAUUUUGAUGAAAAAAUUUUACCAGAUUUAAAGCACAGUAUUUGUACAUCUGUUGUUAGUAAUGUAGGUUCCUAUGAGUUACCAGGUGGAAGUUUGAUGAUUUCGCAUCAUACUACAAAUCCAAACAGUACAACACUACCGCAUAAUCUUAACUCUGAAAAAUUGAAUCUUACUUUUAAGAAAAUUUUUUGUCGUACGAAAAAAAAUAAACUGUCCGUUCUAACAAUGAAAGGUCAGAUAAAUAAAAUGAAACUUAGAAUGAAAAGGCAAGGUUUUCAAAUGAGACUUCAAAGUUUAAAAUUACAAGAACAGGCAAAAAAAAUACAUGAUCAAGAUACGCAAUUGGCUGAAAUGAGAAAACAUCUUGAGGAAUGGGAGCAAAAAAUGGUUGAUUUAACAGCUGGUUUAAGUCGUGCAAGAGAAGAAACACAAAAACCUGACUCUAUAGAGACUUGCAAAAGAAAACUUAUAGAUCAGACAAAAGACUUGCAAGCAAAAAGAUGUAAACUGGUAAUAGAAAGAAUAAAAUCAAUAUUAUAGAAGCUUCAAUUUUUACGUUAACUUGUCCUUUGUAUAUAAUAAGGUUGUAUAUGAGAAACAAGAUCUUGCUCUAUUUGUAUUUUGCAUUUUUUAUGUUAUAACUGAAUAAAUUUAAGUGUUUAAAUUA